AUGGAUAAUUGGAUUGAUGAAUGUUUGUUCAAUGAGUCAGAAGAAAAAAAUAUCGAGAGAAGAUCUUUUCUAACUCCUCGUAGAUGGAUUAAAAGAGAUCGAGAAGCAGGACAUGAUCGCCUUUUCAAAGAUUACUUUGCAGAUGAGCCGGUGUAUAAUGCUGACAUUUUUCGACGAAAGUUUAGAAUGAGAAUACAUGUGUUUCUUCGGAUAGUAGACACCCUCUCAAAUGUCUAUAUUUAUUUCCAACAGAGGGUCGAUUCUAUUAGGAGAAGAGGCUUGUCACCACUGCAAAAAUACACUACUGCGAUAUGGAUGUUAGCGUAUGGCAUAACAGCUGAUGCUGUUGAUGGUUAUGUGCACAUAAGCGGGAGCACUAUAAUUAAAUGCUUGAAAAAAUUUGUUGAAGGUGUCAUUUCAGUGUUCGAUGAUGAAUACUUGCGAAAAUCAAAUUCAAAUGAUGUACAACGCCUACUAUAA